AUUACACAUUAUAAUUUAUCAUUUUGUUGUCAUUUUACUGAAAGUGGGGUUUAAACUAUUUUGGUCUUUAAGGCUCAACAGAAAACUCAUUUGAGCUUAUGACUGGUUUGUGUAAAAAUAGAUUUCGCAUAUAUAUAUAAAGCCGUUCUUCUUUUCCGGUCAAUACUCUUCUUUAUCGAUAACAUAAAACAUAAUCAUGUCAACUUUACCACCACCAGUUCCUAUCCAUAAAUCACCUUUACCUGCAUUAAGCAAAUCCAUACACCAUAACAAUGAUAAAAAGGUGUCUUAUCUAGGUCGAAAAAGACACGGCGAGCUGCUUGCAGAUGACGGUUCAUCCAGCGAUGAAUCCGAAGCCGAUAAUUACAAUACAGAAGAACACAAAUUUUGGCAAGUCCAUUCCAGCACAACGAUUAUUUCGCCAUCCGGACACGACUAUAACACCUCUAUCCAAAUGUCCUAUGUUAGCCCAAAAAAUACAAAGAAGCAACGAAUCUCGCUUGCGAUCCAAGUCCAUAACAUCCUUGGGUCAACGUUUGAUGCCGUAGACAAGGAAAUCGAGCAAGAAUGGGAGAGUAGCAGAGUUCAAUUAAGAAAAUCUUUGAUUAUUCUUCCCAAUUUAUCAUCCAAUUAGUCAUUUUGUACAUACCCCCAUACACAUAUUACAUUGCCAUAUUAUUCAUAAAGAAACCUAAUUAUUAUUAAACCCUUCAUUUUAUUUUAUUUUA